GAAAAAAUGGCUGAUGAUAACUUUAUAGCUGCUAUAGAGAUGGGUGAUGCUGGUGCCGUCAGAUAUUUUCUAACAAGUCGUGGAGGAACAGUCACUCUAGAUUCAGAAGUGGAUCCAAUACUUUUAGGGGUGAAUUCUGGAAGUGUGGAAGUUGUCAAGUUAUUGAUCCAAAACUGUGGGGCCAAGAUUAGAAAAGUAUAUUCUGAAAAACAAUGUUUUCAACUGAUGAUGGCAGCUGGAACUAAACAGACCUUGGAUAUACUUCAGCUGGUUAUAGAACAGGUGAUUGGUGCAUCAAAUAUAAACUCUGCAGAUUCCCAUGGUCGAACAAUAUUAGUGGCUGCUGUACAAUCUAAACAAUACAAAACCAUCUCAUUUUUACUCAAGUACAGAUCUCUUGAAAUCAAUAAAUCAGACAACGACAAGAACACAGCUGUUCAUUGGGCAUCUAGGCUUACAGACCUUCAAGUGUUGCAACAGCUUUUAAGCCAAAAGAAAAUCAGGUUAGAUUUGAGGAACAAGAACGGAGAAACGCCGUUUCAUCAAGUUAUCAGUUGCGAUUCCUCAGAAAGUAUCGAUUGUUUACAACUUUUAUUAUCAGCAGCAAAAGUGGCAAUGGGAGACAUAGAAGUCACUAAUCAAGACGGCCUAGACGUACUUCAGCAUGCGCUAGUCAAAGGCAACAUUAAUGCUGUUACUUUGCUUUUAAGUCAUCCAGGAACAAAGAUUAGAAAUAUAGCGAAUGGGCGGAAUAUGAUAUUAGAACUAGCCUGGAGAAUUGGAGUUCAAGCAGUUAAACUGGUUUUGGCAGCUGGAAUAACAAACAGCGAAAAUCCGGAACAACAAAAAGUUGAACUCCUGAUAAAAUACAGCAAAAAGAGACGAAUGUUAUUAUCCAAUGAUUUGCCCGGCUUAAGCCCAGAAGACGAGGAAGAAUAUAGGAAAAUGAUCUCAACGCCUGGAACUCUUCUCAGACUGAGCAUGGAAAAAGUUCGACAAGUUUUGAUAGAGAACCUGUUCCCUUGUACAAUUCUACCUGCAGUACAGAUGUUAGUAAACAAUGGGGAAAUUCCGACAAAUCUUUAUAGAAACUUUCUUUAUGAUUGUAGUGUAGUUUAAGAACUUGGAAACUUGGAGAAUAAAUAUGUAUUAUAAAAAUUUUCA